CGCACACAGUUGUGUGGCUGCUGUUAAUACAGUGAACUGCAGAUGGUGAUGUGGAUGAAAUAACGGUGUCCAGUUCAUCAGCUUUGGAUGGGGAAAUGGUUUGAGGAUGAGCUAAAUUGAUGCUUUGAUUUCAACGCAGAUCCAAACAACUGCAGAGAUGGGUCAACUUUGGCGGCGAGACAUCACGUCAGAGAGUUUGGGGAAGGACCUUCCUGUUGGCUUCGCCCCGGGGCCCCCAGCCACGGUCGCCCCACAGCAGCCCAACACCUCAUGGCUACCGGAAGCACCGUUGGUCACACCGGAAGCCCCGUUCUUCCUCAUGACCUCCACUGCACAAACCAUAUCAGGGUUUUUCGUUUGGACGGCGCUUCUGAUCACAUGUCACCAGAUCUACAUGCACCUGCGUUACUACAGCUCUCCCAAUGAACAGAGGCACAUAGUGAGGAUCCUCUUCAUAGUACCCAUCUACGCCUUCGACUCGUGGCUUAGCCUUCUCUUCUUCACCAAUGAGGAGUACUACGUUUACUUUGACACGGUGCGGGACUGCUACGAAGCCUUUGUCAUCUACAACUUCCUGAGUCUGUGUUACGAGUAUCUGGGAGGAGAGAGCGCCAUCAUGGCGGAGAUCAGAGGGAAACCCAUCGAGUCCAGCUGUGUGUACGGGACCUGCUGUCUGUGGGGAAGGACGUACUCCAUUGGUUUCCUCAGGUUCUGCAAACAGGCGACUCUGCAGUUCUGUGUGGUGAAACCUCUCAUGGCAAUGGUCACGGUCAUUCUCCAGGCCUUCGAGAAAUACAGAGAUGGAGACUUCAACGUGGCUAGUGGCUACCUGUACGUGACCAUCGUCUACAACAUCUCCGUCAGCCUGUCGCUCUACGCUCUCUUCCUCUUCUACUUUGCCACUCGCGAGCUGCUCGUCCCGUACAACCCCGUGCUCAAGUUCUUCAUGGUCAAAUCGGUCAUCUUCCUCUCCUUCUGGCAGGGGAUGCUGCUGGCCAUCCUGGAGAAGUGCGGAGCCAUCCCUCGGAUCGACUCUGCCCAUUUGGGCGAGGGAACGGUCGCCGCCGGAUACCAGAACUUCAUCAUCUGCAUUGAGAUGUUCUUUGCUGCUGUUGCUUUGCGCCACGCCUUUACCUACAAGGUGUACAUGGACAAAAGACUGGACUCGUACGGCUCAUUUCCUAUCUACGGACAGUACGGCCGCUGUGCCCCCAUGAAGAGCAUCUCCAGCAGCCUGAAGGAGACCAUGAAUCCUGGCGACAUGGUCCAGGACGCCAUCCACAACUUCUCCCCGGCGUAUCAGCAGUACACCCAGCAGUCCACGCUGGAGCGGAGCGGGGGGCCGGCGCUGUCCCGCAGCCACAGCAACCUCAGCACCCGCGCGGACAACGAGAAGACCCUCCUGCUCAGCUCCGACGAUGAGUUCUGAGACUAAAACACUUUAUCCUGUAGCCCAAAUCGAAUUUUUAUCAACUAGGGAGACGAGUCAGAUCUUUUCUGAACAGGGAAGAUCAGAUUGUGUAUUUUAGACGACAAUACAAAGAUCAGAUUCACGUCAGGCUGUUAACAGACAGUGGGAAGUAUUUUUACAGGAGAAGUACAGAGGGUGGAGACGUUGUUAUAGUCAGGGAAUAGAGGGGUCACGAUGUUUAGACAUUAGGUUUAUUAAAGAUAGAAUUACCAUAUCAUGGGUACAAAUAACCGUGCAUUUAGCACCCUAAUGCUGCACUUUAAAUAAAUAUAUAAGAGUUGUUUAACCGAGAAAAAGGUGCCAUCUUCUUAAAACAAACGGCCUCUUUUAUCUUGAGUUUUUAUCACUUACUCCUCACUUCUCUGCCAACUCUCACCGAAACAUUGCCAAAUAGAAGGAGUACCCUGUGCUCCGGUCAACGGGACACACUGUCUUAAGAUUUAGAGUUUAUCGUCAAGCAAAAACUAAAGAGCCUUCGAAUUCCCAGGCUUCUUUUUAAUAUAUACAUAUUAAAUAACACUUUGUUUUUUAUUUAAAUGUCGUAUGACCUUGAAGGUAUCGCUCGUUUGUUGGAAAGUUGUCAUUCCAGAAAUAUUUUUAAAUAUUCCGUGUUUGUUUUUGACUCGUCGCUGGUUCAUGUGAGGCGACUCGGAAGUGUAAUUGUGUGGCUCGGCAGCUGUUGGCCGGAUUUGCGCUGGGGGAACAGCUGUAGGAGAUUUUUUUUUUUUUUUGCGUGGGCAGGGAGACGGAAGGACGCGCCCACGCAGAGUACAGAUUACGGAGCGACACAGCUGUGAUGUGCUGCGGAUUGUAAUCCCAUAAUUAGGGGCAUUAUGAGCAGGACAGAUCACACCUGCCUCUGCUGGUGUUGUUUAUAACGGCAUCACUGCUAGAGUGAGCGAGUCAAAGAUCUCUCUGUGCAAAAAAUGAGUUUAAAUCAGACUGGAUUUACAUCUGGAAAGCGAGUAUAUAGGUGUUUGUGUUCAGGGACACACUAUAGCAGUGAUGCAUGGUAGAAAAAAUCCUCAAGUGAGUCAGAAUAUUCUGCCUUUAUCCUCAGUUUCCUGUUGUAGAGUGAAUUGUUUAAUAUGAGUUGUAGCGGGGGCCUGUAUAGAAGCUGCUUGUGGUCGUGAUCGUAAAUGUUUGAUGGCAGAGCAAAGCUUCUUUUUAAAGCUAAGUAAAAACCUAAUGACAGGUGACUUGAGGCCUCUAAAUGUGCGAUCAUCAUUGUCGAGUGCAGAGUCCAAACUGAGUGUCUAUGGACUGCAAGUAAACAAACAGUGGAGUCCUUGUGAGUAAUGAAUGUAGUCCGGGUGAAAAAGGAACAGCCAAAUAGAUGUGAAUAUUUAAUUAAAAUAAUAUGAAUUGAGCAAGAAAAGAAGAUGUUGGAUUCCUGCUGUGACUGAUGAUCCAUAUACCUUCUUAAUUAUUAUUAACUCACUUUUAUAUCCGACUUUCAACCAAACAGCUUCAGUUAAAGGUUGAGGUUUUUCUAAUGUAACACUAACUUAGUAGCAUUGAAAGAAAAAGUGACAUUCACUGCCUUUUACUCUGCCCCAUGUUAACAGCAUAUCAAACUUGAGUAUCUUUAUUCAAAACACUAUCAUAUGAUACUUUUGAUACUACGUGAUUUAAAAGCUGGAUGUUUAAUCACAACACUGAAGAUAUUAAAGCAGGAUAUAUUAUACCAGAAAGAAGGGAUUGUUGUAUAUAGGUAGGUUAGCAUUGCGAAACGUUCACGAGGAUGACUAUAAUGGCAUUGAUUGGUGUAGUGCUUUAGUUGGAUAUUUUAAUUUUCCUAUAUUCUCCUGUUUCAUUUCUGUUGUACCCUUUUUUUAAUAUGUAUAUUGGUGAUAUGAUCUCUUGUUUUGAUGCUUAAAUGGUUUCUGUUGGUGUUGGAAAUAAAGUAAAAUCAUUAUUCUG